CAUGCACAAUUCAAAUUUGUGUAAUCGAUUUUUGUUCGUUCCAGCUGAACUACUCGAAUGGAACCGAUUCGGAACAAAACGACACAGCUCUAAAUGUUAAUGAUAACAACAACCCUACAUUCCGCAAGCAUGAAAAUCUAAAAGUUGAAGUAUUUGUUUAUAAUAAAAGUGCCCACAUACUACACGCAACAAAUUUACUGCAAUUAUAUGAUUUUGGCAAGCUUUUCUGCGGACAAUCAAAACUCGGAAGCAGCAACAGCCGUCCAACCGAGCCACAGACAGUUCUACUUUGACCGGCAAUGUGCAGUUUUAGUAAGCGUAAGCUUACAUGAUGAUGUCCCGGCUCGCUGAUUACUUUGUAAUUGUUGGCUACGAUAACGACAAAGAAAAAACUUCAGGCAAUGUUAGCGGCCAGCCUGUAUGUGGCAAAAUUGUGCAACGUUUUCCGGAGAAAGACUGGCCUGACACACCUUUUAUUGAAGGCAUUGAGUGGUUCUGUCAACCACUCGGCUGGAAUUUAUCAUGCGAAAAACAUGAGCCCAAAUUUUUCAUCUCUGUGCUAACAGACAUUGAUGCGAAUAAGCAUUAUUGUGCCUGCCUAAGUUUUCAUGAAACAUUGGCCAUAACACAAACACGUAGCGUUGAUGAUGAAGAUGAAACGAUUGGCAGCAACAGAGGAGGAGCUGGAUCAGGAGGCGGUUUGCUGGGCACAGCUGCGACAAACGUUGAGCCCAACACACACCAUAGCAUUAUGUACGCGCCUAAGUGCUUGGUACUCAUCUCGCGCCUGGAUUGUGCAGAUACAUUUAAGAACUGUCUGGGCACCAUCUAUACGGUAUACAUAGAGAACUUGCCAUAUGCUAUGGAGAAUCUGAUAGGCAACAUACUCGGUUGUAUACAGGUGCCGCCAGCGGGAGGUCCACAAGUGCGCUUUUCAAUUGGCGCCGGUGAUAAGCAGUCGCUGCAGCCGCCGCAGAGUUCUUCGUUGCCCAUGACUGGCAGCGGGGUUUACUUUUUGUUCAAGCAGCUGGGCAUUAAGAAUGUGCUCAUAUUGCUCUGCGCUGUGAUGACAGAAAAUAAGAUACUCUUUCACUCCAAGUGCUAUUGGCACUUGACGGACAGCUGUAGAGCGCUUGUGGCGCUCAUGUAUCCAUUUCGUUAUACACAUGUUUAUAUACCCAUAUUGCCGGCGCCGCUAACUGAGGUACUGUCAACGCCCACACCAUUUAUUAUGGGCAUACAUAGCUCACUGCAAACGGAAAUAACUGAACUGCUGGAUGUGAUUGUUGUGGAUUUGGAUGGUGGUCUGGUAACCAUUCCGGAUGCACUGACACCACCAGUGCCUAUCUUUCCAUCACCCCUGUGGGAGCAAACGCAGGAACAGCUAAGCAUGAUAUUGUUUCCUAAUUUGGCGCAGGCGGAUUUAGCAUUUCCGCAUAUUAUGCGACCCUCGAGUACGUUGACCAAGACCGAGGCUCAAAUUGACAAAGAGCUGCGUGCCAUAUUUAUGCGUCUAUUCGCACAGCUGCUGCAAGGAUAUCGCUCUUGUCUUACCAUUAUACGCAUACAUCCGAAAACAGUCAUAACGUUUCACAAGGCUGGCUUUCUUGGUGCUCGCGAUUUAAUCGAGAGCGAGUUUCUGUUUCGUGUGCUAGACAGCAUGUUCUUCACCACGUUUGUUAAUGAGCGAGGUCCACCCUGGCGCUCAGCCGAUGCCUGGGAUGAGCUGUACAGCUCCAUGAACGAGUUGCUGAAGACGGAGGCGAAAAAUCGAAAUCUCAUACUCACACAUAUCCAGGAGCUGGGACGGACACUCUAUGAGAACGAAGCAUCUCAUGCACAUACGACCUACGCACAGAAAGUGUUACGGCCGCCAGAUGGCGCUUUUCAGCGCAUACACCAGCCUCCAUUUCCACGCAUCAGCACUGAGAAGGUGGAGCUCAUUAUACAGGAUGGCAUACGCAAAAAUGCGCAAUCGCAACGGUUUAAUGUGACGCGAAAUCAGCCGCGUAUAAUACCUAUGGGACCACGUCUGCCUGAGGCUUUGGAUGUGCGUCCAAGCACGGUGCACAAUUCAGCGCGACGCCUGGAGGUGCUGCGCACCUGUGUCUGCUACAUAUUUGAGAAUCGCAUUGCGGAUGCCCGUAAGCUGCUGCCAGCUGUGAUGCGUACACUAAAGCAUCGCGAUGCACGCAUUUUACUCUGCCGUGAGCUCUUUGGCUAUGUGCAUGGUAACAAGGCGGUCCUGGAUCAUCAGCAGUUUGAUCUUGUGGUGCGUUUCAUGAACAAAGCUCUGGCGAACUCCUCGGGCGUGGAUGAAUAUACAGUGGCUGCCGCAUUGUUACCCAUGUCAACAAUAUUUUGCCGAAAGCUUUCCAUGGGCGUUGUGCAGUUCGCAUAUACGGAAAUACAGGAUCAUGUUAUAUGGAAAAAUUUGCAGUUUUGGGAAUCGACAUUCUUUCAGGAUGUCCAAGCGCAAAUUAAGGCGCUCUAUUUGUUGCAAAGACGCCAAAACGAGCAUAACAAGGAGGCCAACUGUGUGCUGGAUGAAGUGCCAUUAGAGGAGCCAACGGCGUUGGAAAUUACUGCCGAACAAUUGCGUAAAAGUCCCAGCAUUGAGGAGGAGAAAAAAGCAGAGCUGGCCAAAUCAGAGGAAUCAACGCUUUAUAGUCAAGCCAUACAUUUUGCCAAUCGCAUGGUCUCACUGUUAAUACCGCUGGACGUCAAUGUUGAUGCGGCCAGCAAACCUAAACCAACAUUUCGACUGGAUGAAAACCAAAGCGUUUCCAAUAGUAUUAUGGGCUCCCACAGUCUAAGCGAACAUUCCGAUGAGGGCUUUGAAGAAAACGAUGCGUUGGAAAUUGGCGUUGCCGUAGGCAAGACCAUCUCACGUUUUAUUGAUUGCGUUUGUACGGAGGGUGGCGUUACCUCGGAGCACAUACGUAAUUUGCAUGAUAUGGUGCCAGGUGUAGUGCACAUGCAUAUUGAAUCUCUGGAGCCCGUUUAUUUGGAAGCAAAACGGCAUCCGCAUGUGCAAAAACCGAAAAUACAAACUCCUUGCUUGCUGCCGGGUGAGGAGCUAGCAACGGAUCAUUUGCGUUGCUUUCUUAUCCCAGAUGGACGCGAAGAUGAUACCCAGUGCUUGAUACCAGCUGAGGGUGCGCUAUUCUUGACCAAUUAUCGCAUUGUGUUUAAGGGUUCGCCCUGCGAUCCGCUCUACUCCGAGCAGACUAUAGUGCGCGCCUUUCCCAUCGCCUCGCUGCUGAAGGAGAAAAAGAUUUCCAUGCUUUAUUUAUCGCAUCUGGAUCAGACGUUGCCGGAGGGACUGCAGCUGCGCUCAAGCUGCUUUCAGCUGCUGAAAAUUGCAUUCGAUCCCGAGGUGACUUUGGAGCAAAUUGAAACACUUCGCAAAACGCUUAGCAAGGCGCGACAUCCGUUCGAUGAGUUCGAAUACUUUGCUUUUCAAUCCUACGGCACCAUGUUGCAGGGUGUAGCACCAUUAAAAACUAAGGAGAAGUAUUCCACGCUCAAGGGUUUUGCCAAAAAGACGCUAAUGCGCACCGCCAAGAAGGCGGGCUUCAAGCAAAAACAGCAAACAAAACGAAAGUUGGUAACGGACUAUGAGCUGGGCAACGGUGGCGGCAGCGCUGAUGCUUUAGAAACACGCUCAAUGGACGACGAGCUCGAGGAUAUGGACGAAUUUGAGACGCAACAAAAUGAGACCCUGCCACGCCUACUGACGACCAAGGACAUUGAGCGCAUGCGCGAACGUAGCUAUGUGCGCGACUGGAAACGGGUGGGAUUCGAUGCAGAUGCGCAGCGUGGAUUUCGCAUUAGCAAUGCUAACACCAAUUAUGCCACCUGUCGCACUUAUCCGGCCAUUAUAGUGGCUCCCGCGCAAUGCAGCGAUGCGGCUAUGACCCAUUUAGGUCGCUGUUUCAAGGGGCAACGCAUACCGCUGCCCACUUGGCGUCACAAUAAUGGUUCGCUGCUCAUACGGGGCGCUCAACCAAAUAGCAAAUCUGUUAUAGGAAUGAUUAAAAAUACCACAGGCGCCAAUACCAUAGCACAUCAUGAUGUUCAACAUUAUCCGGAACAGGAUAAAUAUUUCAUGGCCUUGAUCAAUACAAUGCCCAAGUUGCAGCCACUAGACGCUUUGAAUCAAUACUCGGGCAUGAAUCUAUCCAUGAGCUCAUUGCUGGGACAUGGCUCUGCUGCCGAGGAGCAUCAGUCCCUUACACCGGAAUUAAUGCGUAAGCAACGUUCCAAUUUGAGCGUCAGCGAUGCUCACAAGUCCAGCAAUGCUGGCAACAAAAGCAGCACCAUGAAAGGCACGAGCAGCAGCUCGGCAAAUGCUUUUCGCAAGAUGCGACUCUACGCCUUAGGUGAAAAAUCUCAGGGUAAGUCGAACUUGAAUGGUGAUUUCUGCGCCGACUUCAUACCUGUGGAUUAUCCGGACAUACGACAAUCGCGAACAGCAUUUAAGAAACUAAUUCGCGCCUGCAUGCCGUCGCACAACUCCAACGAAGCAGAUGGUCAAAGCUUUGCCAAAAUGGUGGAGCAAUCAGAUUGGCUGCAGCAGAUCUCAACGCUAUUGCAGUUAUCAGGCGCUGUGGUCGACUUGAUAGACUUGCAGGAGAGCAGCGUAAUGCUAUCCCUUGAGGAUGGGUCCGAUGUGACGGCACAGCUUUCGUCCAUUGCACAGCUUUGCCUAGAUCCGUACUAUCGUAGCUUGGAUGGUUUUCGUGUGCUCAUUGAAAAGGAGUGGCUAGCAUUUGGCCAUCGUUUUGCCCAUCGCAGCAAUUUGAAGCCAUCGCAUGCAAGCACAAAUAUUGCGUUUGCACCCACAUUUUUACAAUUUUUGGAUGUGGUCUAUCAACUGCAACGUCAAUUUCCAAUGGCUUUUGAGUUUAAUGAUUUUUAUCUUCGUUUUCUGGCCUACCAUGUGGUCUCCUGUCGCUUUCGUACUUUUUUAUUUGACUGUGAGCUGGAGCGUUACGAUUCGGGCAUUGCCGCCAUGGAGGACAAACGGGGCUCUAUGAGUGCCAAACAUAUGUUUGCUGGCAGUGUGAGUGGUGGCGGCGGUAGCGCUGCUGGCGGAUCGGAUGAUGAGUGUAAUGUGUAUCCGCUGGAUAUGCGCAGUUCUCGUACACCCACACAUCUAAAUCGCAUUGGACAUUCAAUUUUUGAUUAUAUCGAGCGACAGCACAGCAAGUCGCCAAUUUUUUAUAACUUUUUGUAUUCUACUGAAAAGGAUUUGGUGUUGCGUCCACAGCAUAGCGUGGCCGCCCUGGAUUUAUGGAACUUCUAUACAAAUGAGGAGCUAGCCCAAGGGCCGCCUUAUGAUUUGGAGGUAACAAAUGUGGAUGACGAAAUCGAUUUGUCCGAGAUACGUGGCAAGCGAAUGUUCAUAAGUGCCGGCUAUGAUAACAUUGAGCGUUGCAAUCCGAAUGCGUAUGUAUGCCUGCUAAGUGAAGUGAAGCAAGCGGAAACGGAACGGGGACACUUGCCACAAAAAUGGCAGCAAGUCUGGAACAAUCUGGUAGUGCCACCCAUGGAACCCAUGUCGCGCAAGACCUCGCUUAGCAGCAUGCUGGUGCAGACGCACCAGCACAAGCGUUCCACACUUGAGAUAAUUAUGAAGGGUCGUCUGGCUGGCUACCAGGAGAAGUUCUUUCAUCCACAUCGCUUUGAAAAGCAUCCAUAUACCACGCCCACCAAUUGCAAUCAUUGCACCAAGCUGCUUUGGGGACCCGUUGGCUAUCGUUGUAUGGAUUGCGGUAAUUCGUAUCAUGAGAAGUGCACCGAGCUCUCUAUGAAAAACUGCACCAAGUACAAGGCCAUCGAUGGCACAGUGGGGCCCCAAAAUGUAAAUAUAUCGCAAGGAGAUACAGCCAGCAUUGCGUCCAGUGCUGCUACGACAGCGCGCACCUCCAGUCAUCAUUUCUAUAAUCAAUUCAGCAGCAAUGUUGCUGAAAAUCGCACACAUGAAGGUCACCUCUACAAGCGUGGGGCUUUGCUCAAAGGCUGGAAACAGCGCUGGUUUGUUCUUGAUUCAAUUAAACAUCAGCUACGUUACUAUGACACUUCGGAGGAUACAGCGCCCAAGGGAAUUAUAGAGCUGGCUGAGGUGCAGUCAGUGACAGCUGCGCAGCCCGCACAAAUCGGCACAAAGCGUGUUGAUGAAAAAGGUUUCUUUGAUCUUAAGACAUCUAAGCGCACCUAUAACUUUUAUGCGGUCAAUGCGAAUCUCGCACAGGAAUGGACUGAAAAAUUGCAAGCCUGCUUGCAGUAAAUCUAGAUAACCAUUGCAGUAGUUGCCUCAUUUACACAUACAGAAAAAUUAAUUACAAAUUAUCGUGGACUCGAUUUUGUGACUUUGGUUUGAGUGAGGAGUAUAAGGAAACAAGGAUCACUAUGCUUUCUGCUCAUUGUAUGCUGAAUACUUUUGUUUUGUUGUAGGGCAAUCGAUUAAUGUUGUUAUUAUUAUUACUAUUAUUAUUUUCUAUGUGAGCGAGAGUAUUUAUUUGAAACCGCGUAUAUUACUCCGAAUUUGUAGCGCUGUCUGUAUUAUUUAUAAUAACAUACAUAUUUUUACAUUUAUACAUAGAUUGAUUUAGUGUCAAAAGUUGUUCAUUAACACUCGCAUAAUGCAUAAAAUACUUGAAUACACUUAGCUAAAAUAAAGCUAAACGAAUUACAUAACAUAACAAAUAUAUAAAUGGAAUGCUCGAAGAAACGUAAAUGUAAAUGAAACUAAAAUAUCAUGUGAUUAUAUGAAUAAUGCUGAUCUGGUUAGUUGAUGGACGAAAGAUAAACUUAUGAAAAGGGGAACCAGAACAGAAAUUUUUAUACACAUUUUAUAUAUGUAGAUAUAUACAUACUUAUGAGAACCUAUAUCCAUAUACAUACAUAUACUUUUAGUUAAAAUACCAAAGAUAAUUCCACCUUUGUUGCGCAAUUAAAAUGCAUUUCUUA